AUGACAGUGGAAAGGAUGAGCACGAGUGAUCCAAAGGGACCACUCCGAGCCGAUGACAUCACCAAGGAUAGUGCGGUGAUCUCGUGGAAAGAACCCGAGGAUGAUGGUGGAUCACCGAUUACUGGCUAUAUUGUUGAGAAACAAGAAGAUGGUGGAAGAUGGGUACCGGUGAGUGAAAAUAUACUUGCGGUGAAACAGACGGGCACACAACUUAAAGUCGGCAAACUCAACGAGGGACAUGAAUACAAAUUCCGGUCACGCGAUUCAAUUGUCGCCAAGAAUCCCUUCGAUGAACCCGAUCCACCAACGGAUGUCACACCAGUUGAUUGGGAUAAAGAUCAUGUGGAUCUCGCUUGGAAGGCCCCGGCAAAUGACGGUGGAGCACCGAUUGAGAAAUACAUCGUUGAAAAGAAAGACAAAUACGGAGAUUGGGUCGAGUGCGCUGUGGUGCCCGGUGAUCAGACAAAGGCUACUGCUCCAAAUCUGACUCCCGGGGAAACGUACCAAUUCCGGGUGAAAGCUGUGAACAAAGCUGGCCCUAGCAAGCCAUCUCAAGCCACAGGGCCAGUGGUGGCGAAAGCAAGACGACAAGCGCCAAAGAUCAAUCUCGAUGGAUUGACGGAUUUGAGAGUGAAAGCCGGGACACCGAUCAAAAUCGACGUCUCGUUUGAGGGAGCACCCGCUCCAACAGCCACCUGGAAAAUCGGCGAUAAGCCGGCAGCUGGCGAUGAUCGAGCUGAGGUGAAAUCCACCCCAAGCACCUCAUCGCUCGUGAUCCCAGCUUGUCGAAGAGGUGACUCUGGUCAAUAUUUCAUCACAGUUGAGAAUGAAUUCGGCAAGGAUACCGCUAAAUGCAAUGUCACCGUUUUGGAUGUACCCGAAGCGCCGAAAGGACCAAUGAAAAUUGGAGACAUUCACAAAGAGGGAUGCACUUUGCAAUGGAAACCACCAGAGGAUGACGGAGGAUCGGAUAUCUUGCAUUAUGUUGUUGAGAAGAUGGACACGACAAGGGGCACUUGGCAAGAGGUUGGCCAAUUCCCCGACUGUGAGGCCAAGGUGACCAAACUGCAACCGGGCAAAGAGCCGACGAGCCGAUCAUCGCGCCGAAAUCGCUUUGAUGUCCCCGAUGCACCUGAGAAACCGGAAGUGACCGAUUGGGAUAAAGAUCGUAUCGAUAUCAAGUGGAAUCCACCGGCCAACAAUGGAGGAUCGCCGAUCAAGGGAUACAUCGUCGAGAAGAAAGAGAAAGGCUCAGCAAUGUGGGUGGAAGCAGGUCGACCAACAGGCACCGCGUUCUCAGCCACAAAUCUGAAGCCAGGCGUGGAAUAUGAACUCCGUGUGAAAGCGAUCAAUGAAGCCGGAGGAGUCGAGACCGUCGGAUCCAUCCGAUUCCCAGAUCAC